GGGGCUGCGGGACCGGCCCGAACUUUCCAGAAGAGUCGGGAGCGGCGCCGCCAAGUGCGGGAUCUCCGCCCGCAGCCCCGGCCGCCUCCCGCCGCCGCUGCCGCCGCCACCGCCGCCACCGCCAUCAUGGUGAAGGAGACCACCUACUACGACGUGCUGGGCGUGAAGCCCAACGCGUCCGCCGAGGAGCUGAAGAAGGCCUACCGCAAGCUCGCGCUCAAGUACCACCCGGACAAGAACCCCAAUGAGGGCGAGAAGUUCAAGCAGAUCUCCCAAGCCUACGAGGUGCUGUCAGACCCGAAGAAGAGGGAGCUGUAUGACAAAGGAGGCGAGCAGGCCAUCAAGGAGGGCGGCUCCGGGGGCGGCUUCGGGUCCCCCAUGGACAUAUUCGAUAUGUUCUUCGGCGGCGGAGGGAGGAUGCAGAGAGAGAGACGAGGUAAAAACGUGGUCCACCAACUGUCAGUAAGUUUAGAAGAUAUGUACAAUGGUGCGAUGAGGAAACUUGCACUGCAGAAAAACGUUAUCUGUGACAAAUGUGAAGGUCGUGGUGGCAAGAAAGGGGCAGUAGAAUGCUGCCCUAAUUGCAGGGGAUCAGGCAUGCAGAUCAGAAUUCACCAGAUCGGGCCAGGAAUGGUGCAGCAAAUCCAGUCUGUGUGCAUGGAGUGUCAGGGGCACGGAGAGCGUAUCAGCCCCAAGGACCGGUGUAAGAGCUGCAAUGGCAGGAAAAUUGUUAGAGAGAAGAAGAUCCUAGAAGUGCACAUUGACAAAGGAAUGAAGGAUGGUCAGAAAAUAACAUUCCAUGGUGAAGGGGACCAAGAGCCAGGUCUGGAGCCAGGGGAUAUUAUUAUUGUAUUGGAUCAAAAAGACCAUUCUGUAUUUACAAGACGAGAUGAAGAUCUUCUUCUGGCUAUGGAUAUUCAACUGGUGGAAGCACUCUGUGGCUUUCAAAAGCCUAUCACAACGUUGGAUAACAGAACUAUCAUCAUUACCUCCCAUCCUGGCCAGGUAGUUGAGCAUGGGGCUAUUAAGUGUGUGUUGAAUGAAGGUAUGCCAAUUUAUCGCAGACCAUAUGAAAAAGGACGUCUGAUCAUAGAAUUCAGGGUCAACUUCCCAGAGAGUGGCUUCCUCUCCUCAGACAAGCUGUCUUUACUCGAAAAACUGCUACCUACAAGGCAGGAAAUAGAAGAAACCGAGGAAAUGGAACAGGUGGAUUUAGUGGACUUUGAUCCAUCUCAAAAGAGAAAACACCACUAUAAUGGAGAAGUGUAUGAAGAUGAUGAGCAUCAGCCUAAAGGUGGUGUUCAAUGCCAGACAUCGUAAAUGGGCCAGUGAAUAACUUGUGAUGCUUGUUUUGUAUGCAGUAGUGGAUGAGUGAAGGACUACAGACAGUUCGCCCUCACCUCCUGCUAUAUGUUGUUCUAUCCAGCCAUAGUUAUUUCUAAAAGCAUAAAGGAAUAAACUAAAUAAUUAAACUGACUUUGCAAUUUGUAUAAAGCUCCAGGAUGCAAGCUCCAAUGAAGUUGAUUGCACUUCACCCCUGACUCUUGGUCCAGAAAACUCCCUUACCUGCUUGUCUUUUCUUCCAAACCUUGUAAUUCCUGUAUGUGUGCAAUUGCCCAAGCUUAAACUUUUAAGAUUCUGUGGUGUGCUUUUUAGGAAUUUUAGAUCUUAUACUCUGUGAAUAAAGUAUGCACAAGUACUUACAAUCCA